CGGAUAUUUCAGUAAGAAAUAUAAAUAAUUAUUGAGAAAUUGAAAUAAGCGGACCGAAAUUGGUCCCAAAAAAAUAAUAUAAUAAAAUAAUAAAAUAUAUACGAACCGACAACGGUCUGUAACUGUGGUGGGAAGAGGCAUCGCAAAUAUAUACGGACCGGGAUCGGUCCGAAUAUUGAGGACCCAGCUGCAACUUUUAAAACUUGCAACUAUAUCCAGACCGUUAUCGGUCUGAAUAUAUUGGACUUGCCUGCAACUUUUAAAAGUUCCGUCUCCCAACCGGCGCCAUUCUCAAACUAUAUCCAGACCGUUUUCGGCCUUGCAUUGGUUCGGAGCUCUUCGCCUUCACUGCAGACGCCGGGAAACUCAAAUGGGAUUACUGUCAUUUUUGGCUCCAUCGUCUCACCAAACCUAUGUCUUUAACUGAGAAAUAUACCGUCAAAAUUUCCACUCCGGCUGGCCAGAAUGUACUGCAUUUUAUGCUGUAGAGUAUCAUCCUUUCAGAAGCCAUGCCAGAACGAAAGAAACGGGGAUACAGUGCAGUGGAAUUCUCGACCUUGGGAAAGUGAAGAUAUGUGGGUUGUUAUACAAUCAAGUGGUAUAGCUGUUGUGUUGACAGGCAAGGUUCUUAUUGGAGUCUUCUCCCUCUGAACUCUGGACCUGAGUUUAUUGUACAACAAUCUUCCUGUAAGCUAAUAUCACAAUAUACGUACAAAUAUUGCGAAAGCCUUUGUUUUCGUCCUUAGAGUAUUGAAAGGAAUAGUACAAAAUUGCUAAUGCGGCCCCUGCUGUGCCCCUGCUGUGGUGGAAAGAUUAAGACCUCACAGCAUUGAAGUUGUGAGUUUGAGUGUUUUUGCAUGAACAAAAAAUGGCAUUUUUA